CGUACAGCCAUGGGGAGCUGUCCAUUUUGCGAUCCCCGCCGAAGCAGUAUGACGCCAGAGACCACAGCCUACGCGACAAAGGCCAGUGACUUGCUCACAGACAUUGAGCGCACCCAGCGCAUCUUGGCGGGUGGAUCGCUCAUCUCGACGGUGCCUGGCACAGUGCACGCCACGCUCGUCUGGAAGCAGCGCGACCUCAUCAAUGGCACGAACGUUGUGACGCAGGCACAGCACAUCGUCCAUGGCGACACGGUCUUCCGCGGUCUUCCCACGAGCUACGACGCCAAGGCCGUGAGCAUCUCGCCGUCGCAGAAGUUUCGCCUCAUCGUGACGGACGCCGAAGACAAGACGUACCGCUUCAGCUUCUUUGACGCGCACCACUUGGUGGCUGUGCACCACACGACCAAGGACCUCCACGGCGCGCUCUACACUGGCCCCACGGACGGAUCCAUCGUGUGGUCGGGCGACGAGUCGAGUGUGUUCUAUCUCGCCGAGCGCAAGGAGAAGGAGGGCAUGCCCUUCUGGGUGAACCCGAACAGCAAGCCGACGCCCGCAACGGACGCCGACCUCCGAGGCACGCAGUACGACCGCAAGCCGGACUGGGGCGAGCAGAACGUCGGGAAGCGCACAUCGCGCAUCUUUCGCCUGUCGUUGGUGUCCGGCAAGAUUGACGAGGUGCCUGGCGUCCCCGACGACCUUACGAUCGCAGAGCUCGAGAUGCACGCAGGCGCCAACACACUCCUCUUCACGGGUAUCGCCACGACACGCCGACUCGGGCUCAUCUACUGCUACAAUCGCGUGAAGCACGUGUACGCGUUGCCCCUUGGGACUGAGAAUGCUGUCGCCGCGCAUCUCGUGCCCGACUCGGUCUGCGGCACGACGCGGUCGGCGCGCGUGUCGCCGGACGGCCGCUCCGUGGCGUAUCUCGGUACACGCGACGUCCCGACGCACAACACGACGAGCCUUCUCUACAUCGUCGACUUUGCGUCGCGUGCAGAGCGCAUCGUGGUCGAUGUUGUUGACGAGCCGACGCCCGGCUACACGGCGGCGCCGUCGUCGGCGUUCAAUGGUCUCUACAUGAACUCGCUGCUGCCCCGAUGUUGGUCGGUCGACGGCCAGCACAUCCUCUGCAACACGGAGGUUGGCGCCCGUGGCGUCUGGAAGCACAUCCGGGUCGAGUCGGGCGUCGUGUCCUCUCCGGCGUACCUUCUUGGCGAUGCGACGGGCCACGAAACUCUUCUAGAUGUCGCUGGGACCACGGCGCUCGUCGUGGUCUCAACACCGGUGGCGCCGUCGGCCGUGUACAUUGUGCAACUGGACGCGACGACGCUCGAUGUUGUCGGCCGCGUGCUCCUCGACGACCAAGCGCCGACGCGCCACAUUGCGUCGUGGGCAGUGAAAGCUGUGCCGUCCGUGUCAAUUCCAGGCACGAGCUUUUCGCCGCUGGCGGCUAGCGCGACGCCACUCCUGCCGCAAGUUGAAAGCUCAGCGCCUUACGAAGCCAUCGUGGUCCUCCCGUCGACGCCGGCGCCUGUCGACGGCUUUCCCGUGGUCCUCGACCUCCAUGGCGGCCCACACGGCUACGCACCAGCGACGUACCGGGCGCCGUACGACUAUCUCUGUGCGCUCGGGUUCGCUGUUGUGACAGUCAACUACCGCGGCUCGACGGGCUACGGCCGUCUUGCGCUCGAAUCGCUCGUCGGGCGCGUCGGAACACAAGACGUCGGCGACUGCCACCGCGGGCUCCUUCACGUCCUCGACACGUACAAGGACACGCUGAACGCAAACCAAGUCCAUGUCUCGGGUGGCUCGCACGGCGGCUUUCUUGGUGCCCACCUCAUUGGCCAGUACCCGGGCUAUUACCGCUCGGCUGUACUUCGCAACCCCGUGACGAAUGUCGUGAGCCAAAUCUUCACGAGCGACAUUCCGGACUGGGGCCUUGCAGUCACGGGCAUUGGCGCGUUCGAGUCGCUCGUCGCCACGGCGGCCGUGACACCGACGGUCGGCGACAACGGCAACCGCCUUGCGUGCCUCGCGCGCAUGUGGGAAAUGUCACCCAUGGCCAACGACCUCGCCAAGGUCUCGACCCCCGUGCUGUUUGGUCUUGGCGCCAAGGACCUGCGCGUACCGCCGACCGAAGGUCUCCAGCUCAACGACUCGCUGUCGCACCACGGUGUGGAAACGCGCGUGCUGUGGUACCCCGAUGACUGCCACCCGCUUGAUUCGGUCAAGACGUACGCCGACUUUGCCGUCAACUGGGCACUUUGGCUCCACGCCCACUCGGCGUAAGCUCUCUUGUACACCGUAGUCGAGUGCAUUUUACUGAUUGCAGUCAAGUCAUUCGUGAUCAAGCGCACCGCCAUGUUCCUUCUGACGUCAUAUUGAGCUGUGGACUUUCCACGCAGGGCUUAAUUAUGGCUCGUUGCACGGACGAGGUCAAUCAAGUAGACACCACACGUAUGGGUAUUGUUGUCUGGAGGAAGAUGCAGCUCGAGGGGCAUCCCGGUGUUGAUAUAACCUGGUGAAAUGUGACCGAGAA